GGAGAGGCAGCGGCGAUGCUGGGGAACGUCGGUGAGGAGUUAGGUUGGGGAGCCGGAGAGGGACGGCGGCGACCGGGAGUCGGGGUCGGCGGCCUCCGGGGUCCGCGGAGGAGCGUGUGGGAGGGAGAGACGCGAGUGAGGACUCCUCUCCGCCCGGGAGCGCCCGGUUCCUGCACCCCCUCUUCGUACGGGCUGUGGGGUGAAGUAUGCAGUAUGAUUAGCAAGAAGUACAGUGAAUUCCUGCCCAGCAUGCAGAGUGCACAGGACCUGAUUACCCAGGUGGAUAAGCUCUCUGAUGAUAUUGACCUGCUGAAAUCCAGAAUAGAGAGUGAGGUCCGCCGGGAUCUUCACGUAUCAACUGCUGAAUUUACAGACUUGAAGCAACAGUUGGAAAAAGACUCAGUAGUCCUAAGUUUGCUUAAACAGCUACAAGAGUUUUCUACAGCUAUUGAAGAAUAUAAUAGUGCAUUAGCAGAGAAGAAGUAUGUCACUGCUGCUUUGCGUCUAGAAGAGGCACAGAAAUGCUUGAAGUUACUAAAAUCCAGAAAAUGCUUUGAUUUAAAAAUGUUGAAAUCUCUCAGCAUGGAGCUCACCAUACAGAAACAGAACAUACUCUAUCAUCUUGGCGAAGAGUGGCAGAAGCUGAUUGUGUGGAAGUUCCCACCAUCAAAAGAUACCAGCAACUUGGAAUCUUGCUUACAAACACAACUUCACUUAUGCACUGAACAGUCUCAAAAUGAAGAGAAGCCCCCUAUGCCACCAACCAGCUCUGUCCUCUUGGCAUUUUCUAUUCUUGGAGAGCUACAUACCAAGCUUAAAUCAUUUGGGCAGAUGCUGCUGAAGUAUAUCCUUAGGCCUCUGGCAUCUUGCCCCUCCCUUUUUGCUGUGGUAGAAAGCCAGCCUAACAUCAUCAUCAUUCGUUUUCAAUCUGUGAUGACUGACUUUGAGCAUCCGUCACCAUCUGAAGUUUUUGCAAAGAUCAGACUGGUACUGGAAGUGCUCCAGAAACAUCUUCUAGAUUUGCCUCUUGAUACUGAUCAAGAAAAUGAAAAAACAUCUACGAUCAUAUUGGCUGAGAUGCUUGGUGACAUGAUCUGGGAGGACUUGUCUGAGUGCCUCAUUAAAAACUGUUUGGUUUAUUCUAUCCCAACAAAUAGCAGCAAGUUACAGCAAUAUGAGGAGAUCAUACAAUCCACUGAAGAAUUUGAAAAUGCCUUAAAGGAGAUGAGGUUUUUAAAAGGAGAUACUACUGAUUUGCUAAAAUAUGCCCGUAACAUCAAUUCUCAUUUUGCUAAUAAGAAGUGUCAGGAUGUGAUUGUGGCGGCUAGAAACCUAAUGACCUCUGAAAUUCACAACACUGUGAAGAUUAUUCCUGACUCUAAGAUAAGUGUGCCUGACUUACCCACCUCUGAUGAGGAUGACAAGCUACAAAUACAGAAAAUGUCCACAACUCAGUACAAUGAAAUGGUGAAUUUACAGCCUGAAAAUACAUUGGACCAACAUUCCUUUUCUUUGCCCACUUGUCGUGUUAGUGAAUCUGUGAAGAAAUUAAUGGAACUUGCUUACCAGACUUUACUAGAGGCAACAACCAGUAGUGAUCAAUGUGCUGUUCAACUUUUCUACUCAGUGAGGAAUAUCUUCCAUUUGUUUCAUGAUGUUGUACCAACAUAUCACAAGGAGAACCUUCAAAAACUUCCCCAAUUGGCUGCCAUUCAUCAUAACAACUGUAUGUAUAUUGCUCAUCACUUGCUGACCCUCGGGCAUCAGUUCAGAUUACGUCUUGCCCCCAUUCUUUGUGAUGGCACUACUACUUUUGUGGAUCUUGUACCUGGCUUCAGGAGACUUGGGACAGAAUGUUUUUUGGCCCAAAUGCGGGCACAGAAAGGAGAACUUCUGGAAAGAUUAUCAAGUGCUAGGAACUUUUCAAGCAUGGAUGAUGAAGAGAACUAUUUUGCAGCAAGUAAAGCAAUCCGUCAGGUCCUGCACCAACUGAAGAGACUUGGAAUUGUGUGGCAGGAUGUCCUGCCAGUGAACAUAUAUUGCAAGGCUAUGGGGACUUUACUCAAUACAGCAAUUUCUGAGAUUAUUGGAAGAAUCACUGCCCUGGAGGACAUCUCUACUGAAGAUGGUGAUAGAUUGUAUUCCUUAUGCAAAACAGUGAUGGAUGAAGGACCCCAAGUAUUUGCACCUCUCUCUGAAGAAAGCAAGAACAAGAAAUAUCAAGAAGAGGUUCCAGUCUAUGUGCCAAAAUGGAUGCCAUUCAAAGAACUGAUGAUGAUGUUACAGGCCAGCUUGCAAGAAAUUGGGGAUCGGUGGGCGGAUGGAAAAGGACCCUUGGCAGCUGCAUUCUCUUCCAGUGAAGUAAAAGCUUUAAUCCGUGCCUUGUUCCAGAAUACAGAAAGAAGAGCAGCUGCUCUUGCUAAGAUUAAAUAAGCACCAUUCCUAAGAAAGCCAUGUCUUGACUAUGUGGAUUCCUCUCCUGACAUAAUUACUUCUUUAAAGACUUCGUGGAAUCACCCAUUGGUUUUGGUGAACCAAUAUGUAAUGGAAGAACCUGGCCUCCGAUCAGGGAAUCCAGGAGAUUCCAAGGGUCAGGGUACAGAAUUUGUGAGCAAAUGGGAGAUGUAUUUUGGGAGGUAGGGGAACAUAUUUGGCCUUGUAGGAAUUAAGAAGACUUCCUUUAACAUUUCUUUCCAAUAAAUAAUGCUUUGAAAGGGAGUGUCUUUAAUAACAUGGGAACUUUGACAAAAGAGACCAAAUUUUCUUACCUUUUCUGCUAUUCUUUUACUGACAUUUAUGAUCCUCACAGAGGGCUCACUGACUUUUUAUCUUCUUUCUUCAUAACACUAUCUGAUAAUUUCUCAGAAUCCCUAGGACUCGUAGGACUUUUAGUAUAAAGUUUUGCUAUUUUAAAGAUAUUUUUUAUUUGACAAUUAUAGUUGACAUACAAUAUUAUAUUAGCUAUAGGAGUACAACAUAGUAAUUAGACAUUUACAUAUCUUACAAAGUAAUCUUCCCUAUAAGUUUAGUACCCAUCUGACCCUUUACAUCGUUAUUGACAAUAUUUUCCCUAUGCUGUACUUUACAUCUUCUUGACUCAUUUUAUAACUAGCACUUCUUACUUCUGAAUCCCUUCAACUUUCAACCCAUCUCCCCAACCUCCCUCUCAUCUGGCAAUCAUCAAUUAGUUCUCUGUAUAUAUUGGUUUGUUUCUGUUUUGUUGAUACAUUUAUUGUGUGUUUUUAGAUUCCACAUGUAAGUGAAUUAUAUUGUACUUGUAUUUCUCUUUCUGACUUAUGUCACUUAGCAUAAUACCCUCUGGUCUAUCCAUGAUGUAAAUGGCAAGAUUUAAUUCUUCUUUAUGGUUGAGUAAUGUUCCAUUGUAUAAAUAUACUACAGCUUCUUUAUUCUCCUGUGGAUGGAUACUUAAGGUGCUUCCCUGUCUUGGCAAAUGUAAAUAAUGCUGCAGUGAACAUGGUGCAUAUGUCUUUUCAAAUGAAUUAAUGUUUUGAGUUUCUUUGGAUAAAUACUCAGAAGUAGAAUUUCUGGGUCAUAUGGUAGUUCUGUUUUUAAUUUUUAUGAAUCUCCAUACUGCUUCAUAGUGGCUGCACCAACCUCCAAUCCCACCAGCAGUGCGUGAGGCUUCCCUUUUCUCCACAUUCUUAUCAGCAUUUGUUUGUUGAUUUAUUGAUGAUAGCCAUUCUCAUAGGUGUGAGGUGAUAUCUCAUUGUGGCUAUAAUAUGCAUUUUUCUGAUGAUUAGUAUGUUGAGCAUCUUUUUAUGUCUGAAUCCUUUUUGAAGAAAUGUCUAUUCAGGUCCACUGUCCAUUUUUUAAUUGGAGUGUUUGUUUGUGUUAAGUUGUAUGAGUUCCUUAUAUGUUUUGGAUAUUAACCACUUAUCAGGUAUGUCGUUGGCAAAUAUCUUUUCCAAUUCAGUAGGUUAAUCUUUUCAUUGUGAUGGUUUCCUUUACUGUGCAAAAACUUUUUAGUUUGACGUAGUCCCGUUUAUUUUUUUCUUUUGUUUCCAAAGUCCAAGGAGACAUAUCCAAAAACAUAUUACUAAGAGUGAUGUCAAAGAACUUACUGCCUAUGUUUUCCUCUAGGAGCUUUAUGGUUUCAGGUCUUACAUUUCAGACUUUAAACCAUGUUGAGUUAUUCAUGUAUAUGGUGUAAGAGAGUGAUCUAAUUUCAUUGUUUUGCAUGUGUCUGUCCAGUUUUUCUAACACCAUUUAUUGAAGAGACUGUCUUUACCCCAUGGUAUAUUCUUGCCUUUAUUGCCAUAGAGUCAUUGACCAUAUAGGUAUAGGUUUAUUUCCAGGCUCUGUAUUCUGUUCCAUUGGUCUAUGUGUAUGUGUUUAUGCCAAUAUUAUGCUGUUUUGAUUACUACAGCCUUGUAGUAUAGUUUGAUAUCAGGUAAUGUGAGGCCUCCUAUUUUGUUAUUCUUUCUCAAGAUUGCUUUGGCUAUUUGGGGUCUUUUAUGAUUCUAUAUAAAUUUUAUGAUCAUUUGCUCUAUUUCUGAGAAAAAUGCCAUUGGUGUUUUGAUAGGGAUUGCAUUAAAUUUAUAGAGUGCUUUGGGUAACAUG